ACGUAAUGUCAUUUGUGUGUCUGUUGCAUUGGUAAAAUACAGGCAUUGUUGUCGAUAAUGGGGGUAAUUGGCCAAUAACAUUGUGGUCCGUUUUUCGGCCCGGCUCGGUCCGGCCCAGCAAUCCCCCAAUCUGACACAGCAGCUGGUGUUGUCGUUGGUCUGCGCCCCAUUACAGAAAGGCUAACAUGUCGAGUUCAGACACUAUCAGAUGUUUGGUGUGUGGUGAUGUCAAGGGACAAUUUUCCGCCCUAUUUAAGCGAGUCAAUAGCCUUCAGAAGAAAGGAGGAAAAUUUGAGGUGUUGAUGUGUGUUGGAGACUUCUUUGGUUCAGAUAGUGCUGCAUGGGAGGAUUACACGUCAGGAAGACUGAAAGUUCCAAUAUCAACACUUAUACUUGGCCCAAACCAGAAGGAACACGUGCAGUAUUACAAGAGCCAAGAUGGUCAGGAGAUGUGUGAAAAUGUUACCUAUCUUGGGAGACGUGGUCGCUAUACAGGUAGUUCUGGACUACAGAUAGCAUACCUGAGUGGAAUUGAAACCCAACAACAGACACAAGAUGCCUGGCAAUUCACCAAAGAUGACAUCUUAGCCCUCACAGGUCCAGUGGUAUCAGACAAGAACUACAGAGGAAUUGACAUCCUUCUCACUUCGCAGUGGCCCCAAAGUGUACAGAAAUAUGCUACUCCUCCCCAGUUACCAUUACAGAUGGAAGCCACAUGUUCUUCACUGAUGGUUGGAGAAGUUGCUAGACUCCUACAGCCCAGGUAUCACUUCUCUGGCCUGAAUGGAGGAUUUUAUGAAAGGCAGCCAUACAGGAAUCAUCAAAUCCUAGCUGAGAGUAGCACACAUGUUACCAGAUUUAUUGGACUUGCAGCCGUAGGCAAUUUGAACAAAGAUAAGUUUCUUUAUGCAUUCUCAAUCAAGCCACUGUCCUACUUGGGAAGUGAGGAACUAGGUAAACAACCACUUGAUGCCACAGAAUCACCAUACACACCACUUUCUACACCAGGAAGCAGCCAGGAUAAUCUAAAUCAGGGCACACAGUUUUUCUAUGACAUGCAUGGAGGAGACACAGCCAAGGCUGGAAAAAGACCCGGUGAAAGUGAUGAUUAUGUGAACAGGAAGAGAAGACAAGUCCAGCCUUCAGGCCCUUGCUGGUUUUGUUUGGGAAGCUCAGAGGUGGAGAAGCAUCUUGUGGUCAGUGUUGGAACACAGACAUACUUGGCUUUAGCUAAAGGUGGCCUUGUGGAGGACCAUGUACUCAUUCUACCAAUUGAACAUGUCCAGUCCUACGUCACAUCACCAAGUGAAGUUCAACAAGAGAUUAUUUCCUAUAAGACAUGUUUGAAGAAGUACUUCAAAUCAAGAAACAAGGAGGUUGUAUUCUAUGAGAGGAACUACAGGACUCAACAUCUUCAAAUUCAGGUUGUUCCUGUGCCACAAGAUGUUGCUAUGAAUCUCAAGGAUAUAUUUUUGGAUUUCUCAGAAGAUAUUUCAAUUGGACUUCACGAGAUACCUACACAUUCUGAUCUGUCCCAGAUUGUACCGGCUGGAGCACCAUAUUUCUAUGCAGAGCUUCCAUGUGGUGCUAAACUCCUGCACAGAAUAUCAUCAAAGUUCCCACUUCAGUUUGCAAGGGAAGUUCUUUCCCAGCCCAGGGUGUUGGAUCUGCCAGGAAGAGUUGACUGGAAAAACUGUACCACAACAAAGGAGGAGGCCACACUCAUGGCUACCACUUUUAAAGAAGCAUUUCAAAGAUAUGACUUCAGUCUGUAAACAUCAAGGUUAUCUGACAGAUCUGAUAGGUUAUUAUCUGUGAACAGCUUAACUUAGUCAACGUAAUGAAUGUUAUACAGAUAAAAUGUCUACAGUCCUUCUACAGUCUCUGGGUUUAUGAAACCAUCUAACAGUUAUAUCCCCCAGUUUAUAAUGCAGGAGGAUAUAGUCAAUGCCUUGUCAGUCCAUAAUUAUUUCGUUUCCGGAGUAUAACUCAAAAACUGUUCAACAUUUUUCAACAAAACAUUGCUAGAUAUAUCAAACAGAACCCAAGUGGUGAUAUUUGGCAUUUUUAUUUUUCUUGACUUCAAUCGAAACAAUCGAAACAUUUUUCUAGAUUUUGAUGGAAACAAUUUGCACUUGGGUUUCAAAAGGAGAGGGUGGAAUUCGUUUUCCGGAGCACAACUCGAAAACCAUGAAAGAACUUUCAUCGAAACUUGGUACAUGUAUUAACCAAGGGCUGAAGUCUUACCUUUUGCUAUUUAAGAAUUUUUUAAAAUUGGAUUUUUUCCCUGGUUCCAUGGAAACAUGUUAGACUGAGCAGAAAUUGUUUCCGGAAACCAUUGAAUAUCUUUCAACAAAACUUGGCAGAUGUAUUAAACAGAUCCUGAAGUUGUGCCUUUUGGUAUUUGCAGAUUUUUGGCAUUUUUAUUUUUCUCCCAGGAAACGAUUUGGACUUCUAAAGUAAGAUUUGGACUUCGUUUCCACAACACAACUCGAAAACUGUUCAAUAUCUUUCAACAGUACAUGGCAGAUAUAUCAAACAGAUCCCAAAGUGGUGCCUUUUGCUAUUAGGGAUUCUUAAAAUUUGUUUAUUUUCCCUUAACUUUCAUGUUUGUGUGUACCUGACAUAGAAGUACAAAGUUACACAUCCCAAUUCCAUGUUAUUGUUUUGAUAGCUCAGUAACUUCUCUUGUAUAAAAUGGACCGAUUAGACAGAAAUUUUCUCACUGAGUUGGACUUUAAGUAACCGUUAGAUGAUUUGUUCUUUCAAUGUUGUGGGGGACGGGGGGAUUUUUCAUUCUUCUGAUGACUCUUGUUUAAGAAUUAGUAUCUUGUAUUCAAGUAAUUACUAGGAAGACUUGUCCCCAAGGUUUCCAAUGGAAUAGGCCUUGAUAUACUUUUGGGAUGUCACGAUACAUAAGUUUCAUGAAUCGAUACAUAUCAGGAUACCGAUGUCACGAUUCGAUACGUAUUAUGAUACCUAUAUUCACAGCAUUAUUGCAAAAAUUUAGUUAAAUUUGGAACAAUAAUAUUUCAUAUUUUAUAAUUGUCCAUGAAAAGAUCAACAUUUUUUAUUCUCAGAGAUUAAAAAGUUCUAAUUUCCCAUCUUUGUGCAUGAAAAA